UGCAGAGUGGCUUUGCUGAGGCGAGGCACGCUUCUGCUAUACCCCGCACGGUUUUUCAGGUCACCCCCAGCUCAGUCCAUGUCCUCCAUACGCAGUCUGGGAGUGUAAGGGUUGUCCUAAGGAUAGGGAGCUCUGCUUCUUUAAGCUUUACUAUGGUUUAAGCUGGCUGUGAGCCUAUGUCACUAAACACACGGUAGAUUGUUUUGUUUUGUUUUUUUUUGUGUGUGUGUGUCUGUGGUGUGAAGAGGCAGGCGCUAUACCUUUCUUAAAGGGCUUUACUCUCACUGGUUUUGAUGGUGGCCGUCUGUCCCUGCGUGCUUCCCUGAGGCCCUGCCCGUGUGCGUGUCCCAGCUCUGCCCCCAGGCCUCAGCCUCUGUCCCCACUGCCGUGAGGGGUGACAGGAGCCUGCGUGCCCCGCUCCCGACAGAUCCCUCUUGGGAUUCCUAGGGACACCCCCUGCUCUUUUGCAGCCUGUCUGUCGUGCCUGGUUCAUGCCUGGCUGCAUAAACCAAAAGGAUGUCGGUCGUGGUACAGCUAAAAACACAACCUUCAUGGCGACGGUGCCAAGGCAAACCUAAGUGGGAAUGCCCAUGCUGGAGUUCUGGAGCUGCAGGCAGAACGUGCUGGAAGAUCCAGGCAAGAAGCCAGACUGUGACUGCUCUCCUGUGACUGUUUACUUCAAGUGAGGCUGGAAGCAUCUUUUGGAAAUUCCCUGAAGGCUCAACAGCAUGAGAACAUGACAUAUCCCUGGUGGGUAUUUAUGUAUGUAUAGAUGGAUGAAGGUCCAGCUGUAACAAGUUCCAUCCAGAUCCCAGGAAUACAAGAACUGGAAACUCAGACACACGCUCCCUGCCAGAAUUAAAUGAGUCCUGUUGCUGGCUGGUGUGUACAGUGACUAAGAAGCUGAAGAGACUGUUGAUCACUUGAUUCAAGAGUGCAAGGAGAUAAACAGCAGAGGAUAAACCAGUGGUUAAAGGGUGAUUGUGCCUCAAAGGGAGACUGAGACUUAGGAACUCCAAAUGUCCUUGCUUUAUAUGCAUUGCCAUGGACAGCAGUUGUGUCACAGCCAGGCAGAGUGAUUGGGAUCAACAAAACUCCUGGGCAGCAGGAAUGAAAAGGUGUGGGGACUUAAAUAGGAAUGCAGUGCAAGAGGAGAAGUCUGGCAGAAGGAAACAGGAUGCUAGUUAAGGAAGACCCCAGUUGUGCUUAGGUGCAUCAUGAGAGCUAAGUUACAGUGUGCUUCAUGCCUACUCCUAAGUCACAUAGUGAUCUUGUUUUAUUUUAUUGUGUGCAGAAGAGAGGAAAUGAGACCCCACAGAGCCCUACAUCACCAUCCACAGUGGUAAAAUCUUGUACAGAACAAGAGUAACAGUGUUAGGUCCAAAAAAGCUUUCAUUCAAAGAGGGUUCAAGCAGCAGCAGAUGCCAAGGAGGUAGCCCAAAAAACAGGGGAGGUAAUAUCACUCAGAGCACUGGAAGGCAUGCUUCUGCACCCAUUCUAGAAGGGGAUCUCAAAGGAGAGAGGUGGGAUUUGAUACAGAAUUGUAAGGAAAAAAAAUCCUGCUCCUGCUUGAACUGAAACAUCCCCAACAUUCACAUUCUCCAACCUUUGUCACAGUAAACUGCUUUUUAAAGAGAAAACCAGUUUCUCCUGGAAUCACAAAAUUCUAAAACAUGGUAUUAAUACAUGAACUGGCUACCAUGAUUUCAUGUUUAGUUUAGAAGUGACACCUUAAAAAGUCAGAUACCAGAAAAAGCAGGUCUCAGCCAUAACAAGGGAUUCAUUAAAAAAAAAAAUAAAUUUACUGGCACAUGGUAUAGCAGAAAAUAACAUUUGGUGUUUGAAACUUCCUAUACCUCAGGGUGUUGACUACAGCAAGGAAAAGGCUUAAACCUCUUGUUAUUGAAGGAGGAAACAAAAAGCAUUACUUGUCUUAUGGCCAGGGAAGUGAAGGCCAAGAAUAUUUUUGAUUGCCUGGCUGACCAACUUUUUGUAAUGCAGACAACUGCUCGCUGCUCAUGAACUUCACCUGUCUUGAAGUACCAUUACCAGAACAGACCUUCUGAGGCUGGAGGAACUUGGGAGAUGCCUGCUUGACUUCUGGGGUUUACAAACCAUGAAGGAAGAAUAAGGGAAUCCUGAAGCAGCAACAGACUGUUUGCUCCUGGAUUUUGUCCAAGAGGACUGUUUGCACAUCAGUGCUCUCUCUUACCAGUGGGAGACCAUGGAAGAGAAGGAGACGUCACCGAGUCAUACCUCAGAGAGCAGCAUAUUGGACCUUCCCUCUGUUUAUGACCUAGCAGAGCAGUUUCUGCCUCCACACAGCUCUGAAAACAGCGAGGAGCUUUAUCCUUCUGGGAAUAUUUUUCCCUCUCCACCCACAGGAGAGAGCAAUCCAUCAUCUGCAGCUCCUGCGGGCUGUUCUGCUGAAGGCUCUGAGGAAGCAAACGUGAGAUGUUACCCAAAAGCAGGGCUGUGUGAGCCCUCUGAACCUAAUGAUGCUGCGCUCUCGUGGGUGUGUGAACGUGAUAGUGCAGAAGAUCCCAGCAUCAGGGACUCUCUGGAUGGCUUCUACAGAAUGUAUUGCAGAAAGCAGCCAGAGAGAAAGGAUCCAACCUACGAGGCUGCCUCAAGGUGUCUGUCACAGAAGAUUUCCGAGCUGGAACAAAAGGGCGGAGCAAAAUAUGUGUCACGUUGUCUGCAAAUGGCACAGCUGGUCUUGAACAGAGAUGGCUGUAAGAUCUUUCCAAAUCACCCCCCUUCUGCUUGCUUUUCAAAGCCAGCUGAAGGAGAAGCCUUGUUGGAAAACAAGAGGAGGACACCUGGACUCUCAGAUGACAUCCUGCAAUUCCUCUUCAAGCAAACACAGGCAGAACGUAGCCCUGAUGGUUCACAAGAGAAGUGAGCGAGACACU